AUGGCGGAAGGACUCAGUGCUCCUCCUGUACUGUCGACGCCAGAUACACAUAUCCUGAACGAUGCUUCUGAUGCACAUCUCGAGUCUGAGCAUUUGUCAGAUGAGCAGCUGGAGACCAGGUACGAAAUCGCCAGAACGCUCAAGGAGAUCAAGCAGCACAGAUGGCAGCGAUUAGCCUUGCAGUUUCCCGAUGACAUGCUGCCUCACUCAACCCGUGUCUAUCGGUUACUUGCAAGAGGCCUGGACUCGAAGUCCCACCCGCCUCCUGCGAGCCCGGAACCUGUGCCCGAAGCGGAAGGAUCAGUAAAUGGGGACAUUUCGAAGCUUGCUCUUGACGAGGAUGUGAAAUUGACCAUCCUCGGAGACACCUCUUAUGGCUCCUGCUGUGUCGACGAGAUUGCUGCCGAGCACGUCAAUGCCGAUGCCGUUAUUCACUACGGUCGCUCCUGCCUGUCGCCCACGGCAAGACUGCCUGUCGUCCACGUCUUUACUGACAGACCCAUCGAUCGCCACCGGGCCAUCGAAGCAUUCAAGUCAGCAUUUCCAGACCCGUCGUCCAAGGUCGUCGUCACAGCAGACGUUCCUUACGCGUCUCAUGUCUCAGCCUUGAGCCAGCAGUUGAUAGACCUUGGCUACACCUCCGUCUUCCCGGCUUCUAUACUCCACGACCCGUCUUCAGCCAUUCCAAACCGCACAGUUCCACCUUCCGUGGCCGAGGAUCCUACAUCGCUCAGUGACUGGCACAUGUUUCAUAUCUCGGAACCCCCAACGUCCCUCUUGCUUACUUUGACGUCCAGCAUGGCCAGUAUCAAAGUCUUUCCGACCGACAACACCACUAUUCAAUCGGUACCAACCGCUGUGGAGAAGUCGACAUCAGUACUCCUUCGCAGGCGAUAUGCCUUGGUCACAUCGUUGUCUACUGUGGCUGUCUGGGGCAUCCUCAUCAACACGUUGAGUGUCAAGAACUACCUUCAUAUCGUCGACCUCGUGAAGAAGCAAAUCUCGGAUGCCGGCAAGAAAUCGUACCUUUUCGUGGUGGGCAAAAUCAAUGCCGCCAAGGUGGCCAACUUCUCUGAGAUUGGAGGUUGGGUUGUCAUCGGCUGCUGGGAAAGCUCUUUGAUCGACAGCAAGGACUUUUACAAGCCCAUUAUCACCCCAUUUGAGCUGCAACUUGCUCUGAGUCCAGACAGCAGCAGAAUCUGGACAGGCAGAUGGCGGAGCGACUUUGAUACCGUCCUGAAUGCGACAGAUGCGGCAACUACGGCGGCAGACGAAGGGCUGACGGAUGAAGAGGGCGAGUUGUUCGGUUCCGACGACGAGUCCGAGCCGCCGGAGUUCGACCUGAGAACCGGCCGGUACAUCACCAAGACGAGGCCGAUGGGUGUUUCCAGGAAGAGGCAACAAGCGGUGACUAGCAAUGGACCAUCAUCGUCGACAGCGCUGGCUAAGCGGACUGGUGGGGAUAUUGUGUCUGUGAACGGCGUUGCCUCACCAGCUGCCGAGUUCCUGUCACAGAAUCGUACCUGGCGUGGUCUAGAAGUCCGCUAUGAUGAGGACGAGGAUGAGGACCAAGGGGGACUGCUCGAAGAGGGCCGCACGGGUGUAGCCCGGGGUUACACUGUUGGCGAGUCUGGCACGACGUGA